AUGAAAUCAGAAGUUAAAAGAUAGAAUAGAGAAUUUAGAGAUAGAUUUUAUGAACUGCAAUUAAAAGCAGAUUAUUUUGAUAAUUACAAAGAAAAGUUGGAUAAUAAGAUAAAAUAAUCAUGA